CCCACACACAUCUACACAAUGUUCUCCAGCCCAACCCCUGCGCCAGGCGCGAGAACUAUUGCUGCAAGUGCUCUUCGGGGUGCCGGCUUAACAGCUGACCGAGACACAACAAUGCGAGAUGUAGAACGACCAACAGGCAGGAAAGCAGCUUCAAAACAUCGCUCCCAUCGAGUUCGCGUAUAUGAUUUGAAUGGAACGGGGUCCAGCAGUCGCAUGGUCAUCGACCUCUCCUCUCUCUCUCUCGACUACUUGAAACCCACCGCUUACGAACCGCACGACGUUGCUCGCAGCUCUCUUCCCGGGUCUCAGACGGUGCAACAUCCGACCUCCUUUCCAUACGUGGAGCUUCAAGGAUACCGGUUUCCCGCCCUCGUAGAAACGCCUCCAGCCUCAAGCCGUAUCCUUGCUGGUAAAUCAACUCGAACCCUGGAGCACUGGACAGAGUUCGUCAAGAAGCGCUACGAUCCUCAAACCAAAUGUCUCAACCUCGAUUCCAUCCAAGAUGACGAAAUAAUUCGGAAGCAUGGUCUUCAAACCCCCGGCAAGGCGGGUGGCACCGCUCGGGAAGCUGGUGUCAUAUUCAAACUUGCGUCAAAACUCAAACCACCCGUGUGUCUCAUAUCACUCCAUGUCUCAUUUGAUCCGACGAUUGUUUUUUACAAGGUGGAAACCGUAUCGCUGGCCAACAACGGCCUCAUUGGACAGCAUCUAACAUACCUCGACAAAUACCUUCCACGCAUCGUCAAUCUGUCCCUGCAAAACAACAACCUGCGAGGAUGGAAGGAUCUUGAAUUCAUCUCUGGUCGUCGGGGGAAGCUCCUCAAGCUACGUGAGCUCGUUUUAAUGGGCAACCCUGUACGAGAGAACGAGUACCAAACCGGGAAUGGAGAUCGGUUCAAGCGGGAGGCUCUACGUCGAUUCCUCACCCUUGAGCUACUUGAUCAAGAACCCGUCACAAAGAUUGCGUUCGAUGUUGCCCAAGUCGAUCCCACUGCGCCGACCGCAGUGGCAGUUCCAGCACCAUCGGCCACCACCUUCCCUUUCAAAAUGGGCCCAUCUUUCAUUGACGGCGUUGAUCCAGCCGUCGUCAGUAACUUCCUGUCACGGUUCUUGCCUAUGUUCGACACCCAACGGCCACAACUAGCUGACGCCUACACUCCCGCCUCGACCUUCUCUUUCUCCGCCAACACCACGAUUCCCAGUCGUGCACGAAUCGAGGGCCUCCAUCACCACCCUCAACUUCCCAACCAACCUAAGCUCAGUUGGAAACCAUGGAUCGACGGCGGGUCGCGCAACCUCCAACGACUGUCGAAUGACAAGAUAGCGUCUGCGUUGCAUGUCGGUGGGCCUGAUAUCAUCCAGGCUUUCGUCAAUCUUCCUGUCACCAAACAUGAUCUUCUUGGUGCCCCGGAAAACUUCUCUGUCGAUGCGUUCCUCACAGGCCCCGGCCUCCUGGUCAUUGUACAUGGUCAAUUUAUCGAAGCGCCUUCCCAGGGCAUCCGCUCAUUCGAUAGAACCUUCAUCUUGGCACCUGCGCCAGAAGACUCUCGUGCUAGAGCCAAUGGCUGGGACGUUGUCAUCCUCUCCGAUCAGUGGACAAUACGUGGCUUCUCCAAGCCAGACGCCUGGAAAACAGGUCCCUUACUCGUACAGGCGACAAUUGACACCAACCCUCCCGUCAAUCCUCGCCAUCUACCUGCUGACCAGAUGGCACUCCUCAACACAGUCCCUGAGGCCCAGCGGCCUGCCGUCCUGGAACUCUGCGGCCGCUCCCGUUUGAAUGUCAAAUAUGCAUUAGAUUGCUUAAAUGGCAACGCAUGGGAUAUUGAGCGUGCUCUUGCGAACUUUAAUGAAGUCAAGGCGACACUACCGCCAGACGCAUUCUUACGACCUAUGGCAUCCUAA